GCUUUUUCAGGGACAUAUUUGGUACUGGCGCAGUAGCUAGCUACUAUAGAUGUCCAAGGGGAGGCGUCUACCGCUAUGCAAUAUUUAUAUUGUUGUUUAGAGAGGUUGUUGGAAGAAGAACCGGGGGAUUCAUUAACCUCCGUUUCUUACUGGACCUGGAAUAAGAUUGGGAUCCUUUUGAGAUGUGACUAACUUUAUUUUUUCGUACUAGUUGCAUGAUAAAAUAAAAUAACUUGAUAGCGUUUGCUAACCGGCUAGCAAAAUGUGUUUGACAGCUAGGGAACAUUGCCUAACCAGCUAGCUAUAUCUAGCUAGCCACCAAUGACGAGAAUCGGAUUUGUUUGACAACUUCGGUAAUAGCUAAUGUUAACUUCAAACCAUUUUUUAAGUAGCUGAAUUCUAAGAAAGAAUGUUCAGGAGUCCACAAAUUCUGGCCUUGACAUGCCCUGUCAGAACCCUGCUGCUGCUGUCUGUCAGAGACCCCCACGUGCCUGCCCUACCUGAACAUGCUUGUCAGAGGGGGAAUGGACCCAAAGCAGGGAGAAGUCUCUGUCAGGGGGAUGGAGGGAAUGGUGGAGGGGAGGAGGCAGCCAUCUCUUCACACCUUGUUAGCAGAAGCACCUCUGGUUGUGAAAGCUGUCUCCUUAACACCGCACCUCAACACCCCUUACAAAAAGCCACCCCUCCCAACCGACCUCAAUUGUCUCAGGACUCUAGCUUUGUCUCUUUGAAACAUACACCACGACUGCCGGUGAUAGUAGCAUGUGACCCUUGGAAAACCACUUCAUUGGAACAUUUGGACAAUUCCAAAGCCACCGAAUGUUCUAGCGACCGUAAGUGCCUUCUACAAAGGAGGCAAACUGACAAUGGUAGCCAAUGUUUGUCUGCUGAGGUGAAGGUCAACAUCACAUUUGGUGUUAAAAGUAAUAGUUACAGUCCUGUUCAAAGUGGCAAGAUUCACAAGGACAUUUUUCACAGACUGCUUGUGUCCACACCCAAACAGUGGACUGUGGAUCCCCAGCGACUCCUUUCUCUCCAGAGCCAAGGCCUGCACCAGUCUGCUGCCUCCGGCCCUGAAGGUGCGCUGAGGGAGUGCCUCUCGCUGGUGAACGAGGCGCGCUGCCGGCAGAGCCUGGAGCCUAAUGUGGCUCUGUAUGAGAAAGACGUCCGGGGGGAAAGGGGGCCCAGUGAGGCCCAGUGGAAGUGGGCGUCUGUGCUGGUCUCUCUUUGCUCUGUGGAGGGAGAGCCCGCCUUCCUGUUCACCCUCAGAUCCACAGCACUGAAGGGCAGACACAAGGGCGACGUCAGUUUUGCAGGAGGCAAGCGUGACCCCUCGGACAAGGACGUUGUGGACACCGCCCUGAGAGAAGCUUGUGAGGAACUGGGCAUCACUGUGGCAACAAACCAAGUGUGGGGCGUGCUGAAACCAAUCCGGGAUAUGUCUGGAAUGAUGAUAGCCCCUGUACUGGCCAACCUCGGCCCCCUGGAGGCGCUGUCGUUCAAGCCAAAUCCUGCCGAGGUAGAAGAGAUUUUCACCCUGUCACUCUCCCACGUAUGCAGUCCCCAGAAUCAGGGAUACACCCACUUCCGUACCGGUGAGCGCUACGGAUACACCCUGCCCGUGUUCCGCAACGGGAAGCACCGCGUGUGGGGCCUCACUGCCGUGGCCCUCGAACACACGCUCAAACUCAUCACGCCGCCAUAACAACCAAUCAUUGCAGCCAUCACUACUGUUUUUUUGUAAAGUAUAGUGUAAGUAUGAUUACGGAAUAAUUUAAUUAUUUGUUUCAUAUGUGAAAUUGAUCAUUGGGGCUUAUGUAUAAAUUGAGGACUUCUUAUAAUCAAUGUAUCCCAUAUACUGUAAGCAUACAUGUCAGAAGUGAUAUAUUGAAUAAAUGAGAUAUCAGGUAGGGUCAUGUAAGGAACAAUCAACUUCCAUGUCAAAACCACUUUGGAUUGUAAUGUCACUGUAUUUUGUCAUACUGACAUAAUCUAAGGUUUUCCCUGGAAAGGUCAAAUCUUUACAGUUCAUUCAUUCACUAACCGUAUGAAGGUAAGGCACCAUGUGUCGGUGUGUCAGAAAAUGCAAUAAAAAUGGUUUACGAUUCUA